CCAGUUGACGAAUCUUUGGUCCAUGUCAAGAUGAAUUAUCUACAUCCUUCCACCAGAAAGGGAGAGGCGCUUAAACAAUAUAUCCCGCUAUCCUCAUAUGUUUUCAACACAGCUCCACGAAAGGAUAUCCUGCAUUCGGCAGUGGUGUAUUAUCUUGAUGGACUACGCCAAGGAACGGCUUCCACAAAAACAAGAGGUGAAAUAGCAUUCUCUGGCAAAAAGAUUCUACCGCAAAAAGGAACCGGUAAAGCACGUCGUGGUACAAGAAGUAGUCCUUUGUUGCGAAAGGGUGGUGUUGCACAUGGGCCUAGACCGAGAGAUUUCUCUACAAAGCUCAACCGAAGAGUACGUGAGCUUGCGCUUCGAUCGGCGUUAUCCUUGAGAUGGAGAAUGGGUGACCUGCAUGUGGUAAAGAACCUAUAUUGGCAACCACCUCCUCAGAGUACCGGCCCUCUCCGACAACAGCUCAAAUGCAAAGGAUGGGAUGAUGCCCUCUUCCUUACAGCACCACGUGAACCACGUCCAUCCUUGAAACUAGGAAAGACUGGUAAGUUCUCCGCCGCUGAUCCGAUUUACACAGAAGAACAAGAUUUGGAACAUGGCAAAGAAGUUCAAUCGUUUGCAAUUGCAUGCGGAAAUAUUCCAAGAAUAGAGAUGAUCAAUUUGGCUGACCUGACGUUGGACGCACACGAUAAAGCCAAAAAGAAGGAAGAUUUGAAAAAGCCAGGUGAAUUGCAUGCGUAUGAGGUAUUGGCACGCAAGAAGCUCAUUUGUGAUCUUGGUGCGAUCGAAUGGUUGGAAGAAAAGCUUGGAGGUUCUUUGUUCCACGAG